AUGAGCAACCUUGCAGCGCUCCAAGCCGAGCUCGCCGAGUACGAAGAUGGCCUCAAGGCGACGAAAGAAUAUUUGACCCUUGAGCCAAACGACCAGGACUCGGUCGACUUGAUACCCGUAUUAAACGAGCAGAUUGCAACAGUCAAAGCGCAAAUCUCAGAGGCAAAGGCAAAACAAAAUGCCAGUGCGCCUCCGCCUCCUCCACCAGAGGAUGACGUGCCGCCACCUCCGCCGAAGUAUGACAUGAGCAAGCAUCCAAAGUUCCGCAAGCAGUCGCCAGAUGCAGCCCCACCACCCCCAUCCGAGGAUUCGUAUGCACAGCAGACCUUUGACGUCAAGGACACGGUAAUGGCAAAGUUUUCAGAAGAUAAACAAUGGUACCAGGCAUCCAUCAUUAGCAAGACCGGCAGCUCGAGCGAUCCGUUAUACACAGUCACAUUCAAAGGCUACAAUAAUACCGAAACCAAGCGAAAACAUGAGAUCCGACCCUUGCACAACGAGAGCAAAAAGCGUAAAGCUGACGGUCCUCCAGCAGCCUCCGUCCCACCAACCCCGGUCUCACCCAAAGCAGCGUCAACGCCUACAGCAGACAGCGGCUACGUCAUCUCCGCCGCUCCUUCCGUGGAUACCAACCUCGUGCAGCAGCAGGCGCAGAAACGCGAGCCGAGUAAAGUCAGCGAUGGUCCCACACGCAUGGCGCCGGAGCCGAAGAAGUUGAAAGGUCAAAAGCAGUUGCAGAAGAAUCAGUCGAAUUGGCAGAACUGGGCGCAAAGUGGUCCGAAGAAAACUUUUGGUAGUACCGGAGGGGCUGGAGGAUCAAAGAAGAAGGAGAGUAUGUUCCGGACCCCGGAUCUGCCUGGGGCGAAGGUGGGCUUUACGGGGAGUGGGAAGCCGAUGCAGAAGGAUCAAGCGAGGGCGAAAUGGAACUAUGGUGGUGGUGGACCGCCGGCGGGGGAGGAUGAUUGA